CCCUUUGUCACGGAACCGGGUCAAACGCCCGUAAACCGUUGACAGGUGCGUCAGUGCGAGCCUCUGCUCUGAGCUGAUCUGCUCGAGGUCUUCCCUGAAAAUGCCCGGGAAGAGCAAGCAGCAGCAGCACGGCCAUCGUUGCCUUGCUGGACUCGUGAGGGCCAACAAGAGCUUUGUGGGCUCUCAAAAGCGGGAGCGUGGCACAGGGCCUGGGAUUCAGUCCUUCCUGGUGAGAGGCCAGAGGCUUUGCGUGGCCCUGCACAGGGCCAGGGCUGGGCACUGGGGCGGGCUGGCCAUGGCCCUGCUGUGCUGAGCUGGCAGGGCUGUGCCACACCCCACUGUCCCUGCAUCACAAAUGUUGCCAUAGCUCCCAGCUGGUGACACAGCAAGCCGCAUCACAAAGGGGACAACCACAAAUUUGGGGCAGAGCGAGGCUGGGUGCCACUUUGCCCGUGAGCUGACUGGAGAGAGGAGCUUGACUGCUUGGCUCUCUCUGAACGUCACAGGCAUGGCUGAUUUCUGGGGAAUGGACUUCUUCCUCAGCCUGGAGGAUUACAGUAUCUUCUACCGUAUCCUCUGGAAUGUGCUGAUCAUAGCAUUAUUCGACUUCGUUAUGGAUUUGUGGAAUCGGAGGGUAGGAGUCAGGGCUGGUGCUGAGCCAGGCGCUGUAACACAGGGAGGGGUGUCAGUAGGGGCCAGGGUCAUCCCAGGCCCGGGCUGGGGGCCCUGCCAGGGAGGAGAGGCCGUGUCCCAGCGGGGCCUGGCCAGGCUCGGCUGGGAGUUCCGGGGCAGGGAUGGGCCUGGGCCUGGCUGUGCCCUGGGUUUGUGGGUGCAGCUGAGGCUGCUGGGGAUGCUCCCCUCUCACUUGCUGCUUUCUGUGCCCAUACAGAGAGAGAGACAGAGGAUGUUCCAACACAGAGGCAACCAGGAAAAUUCUAGAGUUUGGGACUUCCCCACGUCUUCACAGCACUCGAGGACGCACUCCUCAGCGCCCAGGCUACAUGACAAUACCUGUGAAAUAAUCUGUCAGUUCAACAGGAGCCUUGAGACCUUGAUCAGUCGCUUGGAGAUCUCAAACAAGCGCAUCUUGGAAAUGCCUGAGGACAGCGAUGAUUCCACCACCUGGGUCACAGCAAGUGAAGACAGCUGCUCUUCAAGGGCAUCGCCAUGCCCUUUGAGCACCAGUGGCGAGGAAAUGGAGGCACCUUGCCCUCACCCGAAAACCCAGGAGAACUUGGAAAGCUCCAUCCCAGAAAGGAAAGCGGAGCAGGGACUAAGCCUCAGUGAUCGGAAACAGCCUGAUGUGAUGCUGGUUCCCACGGUGAGGCACCUGCCCUUCAUGGAUGAGGCUAAGAAAAGUCAUCUGGAGGAUCCUAAUGUGAAAAUGCAGGCACCACAGCACCUGGAGAAGAGUUUGUCAGAGGCUGUCCUGGGGCAGAAACAUUCCCAGCUUCCCCAUCCACGGAGGCAUAUGAGGGCGUCCAUCCUCUCGUCCUUCCAGCACAGGCACAGGCAAGCUUGGGCAAGGAAGUCAGCAGCGCAGCGCCGUGGUCAACUGCAAAAAUCGGCCUCCAUGCUGAACGCCUCCACGCUGGAUGCGCACACACAAGACAAAAAGGUCCCAGUGCAAACUGCCUGCUACAGAAUUGCUGAGGGCGCUGAAGACCAGCAGAACAGGUUGAUGCAUCUAUGGCUGGAGCAGUACCAAUAUGUUGAGAGGCAAAAGGCAAUCAGAGCAGCACAGGAGAACAUUGCCUCACUGCAUGGCACACGUACGGCCAUGGACUGGUUGCGCGACAAACGCCGCAAAGCCCUACGCCACAGCGUGCCUGGCAAUGAAGGUUCCCAGGGCAUGGCUCCAUCCAGCACUGCAGGCCUGGUUGAUGCACGAGGAGCAACAGUGGGAAAGAGGAAUUUACCUGAGGGCACGGCCGGAAUGCGGCAGGACCAGAAUACUACUAUUGCUCUCCGGCAUCCAGAGUGGCACCUUGAACAUAGACUCAAUGGAAGGAAUCCGUCAGUUGUGCCAAUUCAGACACACUGUGAAACAUUCAGGCCCCGGCCAGCACAUGCAGAGAUGAGGCCCAGGCACAUGGCAGCAGGACACAGGACACCUAGGCCAGAGACACCACCUCUACCACAGAGCGGCUGCUGUGGGCCAUCCCUCCUGUGCCUUUUCAUUAAGUGUGCUUGGGCCAAGCUCCGAGCUGCUGGCAAGACCCUCUAUUCCACGAUCAAGAAGAGAGUUAAGAAGUCCUCAAGGAAGGGAAGACGGCCUGUCAUCAAAAGGAGAUUCUCUACCAACCAGGGUAGACACAGAUCGACGAGGAUCACCCAGACUACUGGGCAAAAGGGGGAGCCCACGUCCGGCUCUGGAGGCAAUGAAGAAGGACUGGGUGGCAUCUCGAGGUGAGUCUUUCAGUGGUGCCAGAGGUGCCAA